UAGAAUUGGUUAGGAGAAUUACUGUUCAAGCUUCGUAUUUAAUUACAUGACAUGUUUGAACAUGUGACCAAAUGUAUCAAAACCGGGGAUUUGUGUGCAAGUGUGUUGAAGAAAUACUUGSCCCCCUUUAUAAAUAUCGUGGCCCCAUAAAAAAAAUCCUAGAUCCGCCACUGCCUAAAAUGUGCUGAAACAUAUCCCCAACAAACACUCAGAGCAUUAACAAACUGUGCAAAAACUUGGUUUAAAGUUUCAUCAUUAACAAUUUGGAGUCUGGGCUGUCAGUCUGUCAGGAAAUUGCUUACAAUUGAGGUUCUUAAAACUUAGUAUUUGAGUGGCAGGUUGUCACAAAUUUAAUGUUGUUUGGAUCUGUCCAACUGGUGGCUAAAACUUAAGGAUGUUUUUUUUUUUUUUCUGCAACAUGGGUAUUAAGUUUGUUGCUGUUUUCCCUUGUGUCUUCCUUCCAGUGAGCGCAGCUGGAGACUUCAACAAGUAGAGGUGAUUAAAAGCCUCUGUCAUUAUUCUUUCACUCGUUAAGACGGCGCUCUCGGAUUUCAAGUGUCUCCUUUUACACUCCCGCGCAGYCACAUUCAUCAUGGGAGCGGAGCUGAAGUCUUACUGCGGCCGCUCCGCUGGAGGAGGAUGCAAAACACACACACACACACAAAAACUGAGUGUGGGAUGGACCCGAAGGGCGACUACUGGUCCCAACAGGCUUUGGGGAGAGAGAGAGGGUGAAAAAAAAAAAAAAAAAAAAAAACGCCGGAGCAUGAGUCGAGUGAUUCUUUCUGCUCAUUUCUGACACAGUUCACCACAUUUCAUCCACUCGGAAACUUAUUAUCCCUCCAAGUCCUGGGCGUACCUACAAGAGAUAUUUGGCUCCCCCUUGACAGAGGAGUAAGGUGAGGGAAGGGGGUCACAGCUCCAUAAAUACUCGGGGACUCUGGUUGGACCUCAUAGGAGUAAAUACAGCAGGGGAAGCUCGCGCGCAGGAGAUGAGCGGCUUUUUUUCUACUUCACUUUUCUAAACAGAUUUAAUCGYCUUCUUUUGUGGAAGUUGUGUCUUUUGGAACUCAAUUUUCAGCCUCUUUUUAAUACUUUCCCCCCCUCACAGAAUGCAAUGUAGUUCACCCUCACAGAACUCAAAGUGAGCCAUUUGUCAGGAUGACAGCGCUCGCUCUUCUUGCGUGGAGCAGCUUGGCGUUUCUCUCCGGCGCGUUCUGCGGCGUCAGCGACAACCAUGUGCACUCCAGCUUCAUCUACAGGCGCUUGCGCAAUCACGAGCGCAGGGAGAUCCAGAGAGAGAUCCUCUCCAUCCUGGGCUUACCCCACCGGCCGAGGCCCUUCUCUCCCGGGAAGCAGGCGUCCUCCGCGCCGCUCUUCAUGCUCGACCUCUACAACGCCAUGGCCGUGGAGGAGGAAGAGGAGGAGGAGGAGGGGGAAGUGGUGGCGAGGGGCUUGCAUCAGGGCGCGGUGGGGAAGAGCCUCGGUGCCAGGGCUCCGGGGCACGCCAGGAAAAGUUUCUACAGCCCCCAGUACGCGGGGUACACCCGCGCAGCGCAGCCCUACAGAGCCCAUCUGCUGGGCCACAGUCCGGCUCUCAGCUCGGCGCACGACACCAAUUUCCUCAAUGACGCCGACAUGGUCAUGAGUUUUGUCAAUUUGGUGGAGAAUGAUAAAGAUUUUUCUCACCAAAGAAGACACUACAAGGAGUUUCGCUUUGACCUGACUCAGAUCCCAGACGGAGAGGCGGUGACUGCGGCAGAGUUCAGGAUCUAUAAGGACCGCAGUCAUGCUCGCUACAACAAUAUAACCCUCAAAGUUAUGAUAUAUCAAGUCAUCAAGGAAUACCAAAAUAAAGAUGCAGAGACAUUUUUGCUCGACUCUAAAAAGGUCCAGGCAUCCGAUGGGGGCUGGUUAGUGUUCGAUAUAACAGCCACCAGUAACCACUGGGUGAUGAACCCACAGCAGAACUUUGGCCUUCAGCUCUGUGUGGAGACAAUGGAUGGACGGAGCAUCAACAUUAAAUCUGCUGGAAUCAUUGGGAGGAACGGGCCCCAGUCCAAACAGCCAUUCAUGGUUGCUUUCUUUAAGGCCAGUGGGGUGUUGCUUCGCUCCGUCCGAGCUGCCGGUGGGAAAAAGAAGAACCACAAUCGCAAUAAAUCCAACAAUCAACAAGAAACAUCAAGGACGCCAAAAACCGGAGAUUAUAACACCAGUGAACAGAAGCAGGCGUGUAAGAAGCACGAACUUUACGUCAGUUUCCGAGAACUGGGCUGGCAGGACUGGAUUAUUGCACCUGAGGGAUACGCAGCAUUUUACUGCGAUGGCGAAUGUUCGUUUCCGCUCAACGCUCACAUGAAUGCAACAAAUCACGCAAUCGUGCAAACCCUGGUCCAUUUAAUGUUUCCGAACAAUGUCCCAAAGCCAUGCUGCGCCCCAACCAAGCUCAACGCCAUAUCCGUGCUUUACUUUGACGACAGCUCCAACGUUAUUUUGAAAAAGUAUAGAAAUAUGGUGGUCCGAUCUUGUGGGUGCCAUUAGUUUUUGAGGGGGUUUAAUUUAUGGUAGUCUGAUUUGGGACAUGCUGGAAAACACAUCUGCUGCAGGUGUCAUGUGAUGUACAGUAUUAUGUGUAUAAAGGUUUUCUUGCUUAAUUUAUUUGUCAUUUUAUAAAUAGCACUGAAUAUUGUAAUAUUUAAAUAUUUAGCUCAAACUGUUGAUUAUUGCAUUACAGCUUUUUAGUUCCUGUGUCCACUGGCAUAUACUUUUGUCUACAUAUCUUUUAUGAGCAAACAGUUCACUGGAGUUAUAAUAAUUGCUUUGUUUUUCACUUUUUUCAUGUAAUUGUGCUGUAAAUAUAUGAGGACUUAUAUUUAAUGGUAAUAUUAUAUACUUUGGUGCUAAUUUUUGUAUUAGCUAAUAUGCAAUAAUGGAUUUUUAAAAAUAGAAUAAUGCUUAAAAAUACAGAACCGAGGUAAUAUUGAGCACAUGGCACAUCUCAGUGUGAUGAUUUUAGGGUAGAUAUCACAAGCUGAACAGGAUGUUGAAAACAUUUGAAGUUAAAUUGGAUCAGAGGGAGUAACAAAUAUGUUUUCUAUUAUGAACUAAACUGCCUAAAGCUAUUUUCAAGCUGUCUGUGAGCUUUUAUACUGUCUCACCCUGUUUGAGUCAUUUUUUUAACAAGACAAUAUGUCCCAGGAGGACACUUUUGUUUGUUUUGCAGUGAAAUAAGUAGAUUGUUGACUCUUCAAUUUUGAAAGUACUCCCAGUCAUACCGAUUUUUAACAAAGUUUGUAUUACUCUUCCAAAACACACUGUUUCUCAUUUCUCUGUGGGCCUUUUCAUAACUAGAAACAUCUUUGCUUCAUGAAUUGAGAAGCAUAACUUAAUGAUAGUCUUGUGUAUUUUAAUAAAGGUUCUACUUUAAAAAAAAA